AAUCUUGUUUAAUUUAGUAUAUUUGGUUUAAUUAGGAUUUAGAAGUUUAAUUAGGACCUAGGAUCAAUUAGUGUAAUUUUUUAUUAGAUUAGGAAGCAGAAAUUAAUUGAGACUUUUUUAAUUGGAUUUACUAGAUUUUGGAAAUCGUUAUGUUUUAGAAUUCUAGUUUAGCUAGAUAAUAGAAAUCAAUUAGACAAUUAGACGAUUUUCUAGAAUUUUAGGAUUUUAGGAUACGUUAGAUAUGAUUGUUUUUAUUGAUUUUAAUGGUUAGAAAAUUAAUUUAAUAUCAAUAUUUUAUGAUAUGACCAUUUUACCCCUAAUGGGUUAUUGUGGUAUUUUGACCAUAUAAUUGCAUGUUCCCUUAGGACCUUUUGACACUAAACAUUAACUAACUAUAACAUGAUCCCCUAGGAUAGAUUGAUUCAACUUUAACCAUAGAUUAGGUUUUAACCUAAUUCCUUAAAUUAAAUCAAACCCUCUGAUUCAAAUUGAUCAAAAGUUAUUUUGAUUAAUUAAAUCCUUUGAUAUUGUAUAAUCCCACGGUCUAAUUUGAGUGACCAAAAGACUCUUGGUCACUUAAUAAGACUUUCUCUAUAAGCUGUGGAGCUCAAGGCCUCAAGUCAGAUUCUCAAUCAAGGCAUCCUCAGUCAUACCAAGCAGCAGAUAAUACAAGGCACAUCAAAGGUGGCAUCUUCAGGAGCUUGUCAAAUCAAAUCUAGAAUUGUGUGGCAUGGGCCUUUAGUAAUAGAUAAGGAAUGGGACUGGAGAAUUCCUACCCCCAUUCUGAAUAGUUUUGGGUAUAGGAUGAAUGACCCAUUGCUCAUCGUAUUCACCUCUACUCAUAAACUUUAGCACAAUUCAAAUCACAUGACCGACAAGUCUCCCUUUACAAAGCAUUAGUACAACAAGCAAAAGACUACACCAUUAACUCAUCAAUCAUAAUUCAAAGUGUGUGGCACGAGCCUUAAGCAAUAGAGAAAGGAUGAUAAUGGAGCUUUCCUACACUCAUUUUAGAUAUCUUUGGAUGUGGGACGUUUGGCCCGUGGCUCAUCAUAUUCACCUUUAUUCAUAGACUUUAGCAUAAUUUGAAUUACAUGAUUGUCGAGUCUCCUUCUACAACCAGUGGCACAACAUCAAUAAGAUCAACACGAAGGAUCUCUUGUUAGCAACUUGUUAAUUUUGAUUUGAGUUGCACGCUAUGAGCCUUAAGAAACAUAGAAUGAUGAGAGUGGGGAAUUCCUAUCCUUGUCUAGAAUAUUCUUGGGUACGGGACGAAUGACCCAGUUGCUCAAGGUAUUCGCCUUUGCUCAUAGACUUUGGUGCAACUUGAUUGACAAGUCUUCAAACAAGCAUUAAUCAUUCAACACUUCAAUAGUGAAGCAUCAUUGCACAUCAAUCCUCCUUCAGUAUCAAACUCUCCUCCUGGAUGUUCAUAGAUUUCUUGGGAUCAGUAUCUUGGGGUCACAUACCCGUUUCUCAAUCAAUUGCUUCAGGAAUUGCCUAUCAGUUUAGACUAUGGCGUACUUCACUGCUUGCCUUCAAGGUGCAGACUUUGUCAACUGCUUUUAGCCUAUGGAGUUCAGACUCUGACUUUAUUCCUCUGCCUAUAAGGUACAUACCUUGGCAUUCAGCCCAUGGAAUUCAGACUCUGGCAACCUGUGACAGUGACUUGAAGUUCAGAUUGAUAUUAUAUCUCAUUUAUCCCUUUUGAGUUUAAACUCUGGAAAUCCAUUCCUUGCCUUGCACUUAGUUCAGACUAUAACAUUCAUCCUAUCUUGCCCUGUGGAGUUCAGACUCUGGCUAUAUCUCAUUUGUCCUUGUGGUUGAUUAUCAUCAUUGGUUAAUGUCACUCUUGCAUGUUAAAACAAUAUGUUGUGCCUCUACGUAAUCCUAUCAAAUUCUCUCUUUGUUUUCAGUCGUAGUAGGCUGAAUUAUGAUUGUUAUGAUUUUCUCAUUGUACGAUAAAAAUACGUAGGCACGAGGGUUCGAAUCCUCCGCAAGCAUACUUAUUUAUUAUUCCUGCCUUAGGGCAUUUAUUCCGUUCAUCUCCAUGAUUCAUUCAUAUUCUACCUUCAUUCACUCUAUGUGAUAUAUCAUCUAUCUUUGAGCCAAGUACACUAUCACUUUGUGUUCCAUCUUGAGUCACCUUGUGAACCAAGAGCUGUUUGGAUUGUCCUCGAACACUUAAUUCCUAGACAGUCCGCAUAUCGGUUAAUGCCAGUUUUACAAAUUAAUCUUUUACCUUCACUUCCGUUACUCUAUUUGAUCUCUUCCAUUAACAAUUUUUAUUAAUUUUAUUCUUCGUAAUGUUAAACUUUUAUGUGCUAGUUUGUCUUGUUUUAUAUUGUAAUUCAAUUCCAUUUAUCAUAAAUAAAUAAAAAUUAUUUAUUACGAAUGUGCUAGUUUGUUUCAUAUAAAAUAAUGAGUAUUUAUUAUGAAAACAGUAUAAAACAAACUAAAAUACUUAAUCAUGAAAAUAGGUGAUUACGAAUGGGAUUGACUUUAUGCAGACACGUCAUUCCCCUGUGUCUCACUCUAUAUAUUUAUGAUACGUUUUUGUAGUAAAAUCAGAAACGCUUUCUCAUAGGUUAGAGCGUUUCUUUCCUCCUGUUUCAUAGUAAUUUUUAAACAACUCCCUUUAGGUUUCCUCAAAUACACCUAAAACAGAGUUCUGCCUGCCCUCUGCUUUUGCUUCAUAUGGCGUGACUUUUAUUCCCCAAACCACACUCUUUUUCCUUUUGCUUUUUCAAUUUCUUCAAUGGAAUUCAAAUUCCGUGCCGUCGACAAUAAAGAACCACCAACUACGUCGUUGCAUUCUCUCCCUGAUCGAUCACUUCAGAUGGAAGGAAGUUUUUCUGGCUUCCGAAUGCCAUUAUCCGGCGAGGCGGCAUUGCGACGGGAGAUUGAGAAAGAGCUAAUCCGUAGAGAAAUUUUGCGGCGAAGUGAGUUGGAGGAGGAAGUGAGAAGGGAGCUUGCAAUGGAGAAAGAAUUCGGGAUUUCAAUACAGAGGCCACUCAUGAGUAUUCAGGGACUAAUGUCUCAUUGGUCGAAUUCAUCUGUGAUGAACCCUGCUGCUGAACCACCGUCAAUUUUGCCGCCUGCCGAAAUCAACCCUUCUCCGGAGAUCAGUGACAAGGGCAAAGUUAUAGUGUUGGCUAAGCCGGAUCCCAAUCUCUUUAAUGCAAAGCGAAAAGCAACGACACCUCUUGUUUCUGAAAUUGAACCUCUUGCAUUUAGUUCAAAGAAAAAAUCGAAGGAGGAGUGGAGUUGUGCACUGUGUGAAAUUAAGGCCACGAGUGAGAGUGGCUUGAAUGCUCAUUUGAACGGUAAGAAGCACAAGGCCAGAGAAGCAAGACAGAACAGGAAGAUUGCUAAGAGAAACAAAAAAAGUAGGGAUAAUGUGAUGGUUGCUGAAACAGAUGUUACUACCACAAAGUUAUUGGUUGAUGCAGAAAAAGAUCAACAGCUUCUUCAACCUUGCACAACCUUGGAAGUCAUGAAUGAGACUGCUGUUGAUAAGGGUGUCGAAGAAAGCAAAAGAGAGGAGCAGCUUGCGAAGACGGUGGCUGAUAAUGAUGCAAGUGCAACAGAAUCAAAAAAUGAGAAGUUUGUGGCGAUGAUGGUCGGUAAAAAUGAGGAGCAACUUGGGGAAACAGUUGCUGAUAACGGUGGAAGUGUAAUAAAAUCCACAAAUGAGGAUAAGCUCGUGGAGAUGAUGAUCGGUAAUGAUAUUAUAAAAUUUGAAAAUGGGGGGCUAGUUGCGGAGAAAAGCCAAAAUGUAGGUUCUUUGGAGAGUAAAAGAGAUGCUGCAAUGGAUGAAGCGGAGAAGAUAAGUGCAUUAACAAAAAGGAGAAAAGUUGAACCUUUGUGGUGUGAAAUUUGUGAAAUUAGCACUUUCUCAAAAGCUGUGAUGGAAGGUCAUGUGAAAGGGAAAAAACACAUAAAGAAAAUGAACAAGUUUGGACAAAACAAUGUAAGUCCCCCAUCCACAUCUUCUGUAUCACAAAAAGCUCCUCCUAUGUUGAUCAAAGAUGCAUAAACUGUCAGCAACGAAACAAGCUAAAGGGAGAACCAACACUAAGAAAUAAGUGUUUUUUUUUAAUUUAGAUUAAGUACGUCAUCAUAGUAGCUGAAUCAAGAGGAGUUAGAACUUAUGAAGGAUUAUUAGCAUUUGCAGCUUAGGCAUGAUUUGGUUCAUAUUUUAAUGUGUUUUAUUUUUUUAUGUAAUGUAAUGGAUAGCAUUAUUAAUUUCUUGCAACUCCAUAUUUUUAAAACUAACUUGCAAACAUUUUGAAUGUGUUUUAUUUUUGAUGUAAUGUAAUGGAGAGCAUUACCUCAGGAAUUCA